AUGAGCGUGUUACCACGUGCAGGCAAGCCGAAUAUCGUGAGGGCUCCGAGCUUAGAAAGCAUGUCUAAAGCAGUCGGGAUUGAUCUUGGGACCACCUACUCUUGUGUUGGUGUGUUCCAACAUGGCAAAGUUGAAAUUAUUGCUAAUGACCAGGGAAAUCGAACAACUCCCAGUUAUGUAGCAUUUACAGACACAGAACGUCUGAUUGGAGAUGCUGCCAAAAAUCAAGUUGCCAUGAAUCCUGAAAAUACUAUCUUUGAUGCUAAACGUCUCAUUGGUAGAAGGUUUGAUGAUCAGUCUAUCCAGACCGACAUGAAACACUGGCCUUUUGAAGUCAUAAAUGAUAGUACCAAACCAAAAUUGCGAGUUAACUUUAAAGGUGACAGCAAGAUCUUCUCUCCUGAGGAAAUCUCCUCUAUGGUUUUGACAAAGAUGAAAGAAACUGCUGAAGCUUAUUUAGGCAAGAGUGUCUCUAAUGUUGUAAUCACAGUUCCUGCCUACUUCAAUGACUCUCAGCGACAGGCUACUAAAGAUGCUGGAACCAUUGCUGGGCUUAAUGUCUUGAGAAUUAUCAAUGAACCAACAGCUGCUGCUAUUGCAUAUGGUUUGGACAAAAAGGCCGGUGGCGAGAAGAACAUCCUUAUUUAUGAUCUUGGAGGUGGUACCUUUGAUGUCUCCAUUCUGACCAUUGAAGAUGGAAUCUUUGAGGUCAAGUCAACUGCAGGUGACACACAUCUUGGUGGAGAAGAUUUUGAUAAUCGUAUGGUGAACCACUUCAUCCAAGAAUUCAAGCGAAAGCACAAGAAAGACCUUGCUCAAAACAAACGUGCCAUUAGAAGACUGAGAACCGCUUGUGAGCGUGCUAAAAGAACCCUGUCAUCCAGCACCCAGGCUAGCAUUGAGAUUGACUCGCUUUAUGAAGGCAUUGACUUCUACACUAACAUCACUCGAGCCAGAUUUGAAGAAUUGAAUGCUGAUCUCUUCAGAGGAACCUUGGAGCCAGUUGAAAAGUCUUUGAGAGAUGCCAAAUUAGACAAGUCUGCUAUUCAGGAAAUUGUCCUUGUUGGUGGCUCUACUCGAAUUCCCAAGAUUCAAAAACUCUUGCAAGACUUCUUCAAUGGAAAGGAAUUAAAUAAGAGCAUUAAUCCUGAUGAAGCUGUUGCAUAUGGUGCAGCUGUCCAAGCUGCCAUACUUUCUGGUGAGAAAGAUAAAGCUGUCCAAGACCUGUUGCUGCUUGAUGUGGCGCCACUCUCAAUGGGUAUUGAAACUGCUGGUGGUGUUAUGACUUCAUUGAUUAAGAGAAACACAACCAUUCCAACAAAACAAACACAGACCUUCACAACAUACUCCGAUAAUCAACCUGGUGUACUCAUCCAAGUUUAUGAAGGAGAAAGAGCAAUGACAAAGGAUAACAACUUGCUAGGAAAAUUUGAGCUUACUGGAAUCCCCCCAGCUCCAAGAGGCGUACCACAAAUUGAAGUUACUUUUGAUAUUGAUGCUAAUGGCAUUCUCAACGUAUCUGCUACUGAUAAGAGCACCGGUAAAGAAAACAAGAUCACCAUCACAAAUGACAAAGGUCGUCUCAGCAAAGAAGAAAUCGAGAGAAUGGUGAAUGAUGCUGAAAAGUACCGUCAAGAGGAUGAUGAGCAGCGUGCACGUGUUUCUGCAAAGAAUUCUCUUGAAAGCUAUGCUUUCAACACCAAGUCAACAGUCGAAGAUGACAAAAUCAAAGACAAGAUCAGCGAGGAUGACAAGAAGACUAUUGUUGACAAAUGCCAAGAGGUAAUCAGCUGGCUUGACCAAAACCAACUGGCCUCAAAGGAAGAAUUUGAACAUCAGCAAAAGGAACUUGAGAAGGUUUGCAAUCCUAUCAUUACAAAGCUGUACCAAGCUGCAGGUGGUAUGCCUGGUGGCAUGCCAGGAGGUAUGCCAGGUGGCAUGCCUAACUUUGGUGCUUCUGAUGGUGCAACUUCAGGAAGCAGUGGCCCUACAAUUGAAGAAGUUGACUAA